AUCACUCUCAGUUUCACAGCUCAAAGUCUUUACUCUGUAAUCUUAUGAUUAUCUGAAUGGCCUCCAUUAACGCUCUCUGAAUUCUGAAGAGCGUGGCUGCUCCCUUAUCUCUCAAGAGAUGGACGGUUUCUCUCUCACCCUCACCUCCAACGCCACCUCUUUCUUUCCUACUUCAACUAUAAUUCCUUUACUUUCAUCCAGAACAUCAAGAAGACUAAAAACCCAAAUUUUCCCGCCGAAGAAUACUAGAUUCAUUGUUUUCAGUUCCAAAGAAGAGCCGAAGCUAGACCCACUGGACCAAAUGGAGCUGAAAUUCGGUCGCUUGAUCGGCGAGGACCCCAAACUUACUUUAGCCAAGAUAUUGGGUAGAAAAGCAAACCCAGAAGCUACUUAUAUGGAAAUUGAGAAAAGUUUUUACAAGAACAAGGGUAAAUUGAUUGAGAUAAAGGAGGUACCUUUUGAUGGGUCUAAGGAAGUUCCAACCACCCAAGAAAAGGAGGUACCUUUUGAUGGGCCCAGGGAAGUUCAGUCAUCUAGUUCCUUGGAUGGUUUGAACUUGGUUCGACCGGUGCCAAAGAAAGGAGUCAAAUUUGAAGUGGAUUAUAAGCCAACAGUGUCCGAGAUUAAGAACCUGAGACGCCCAGUUGCCAAGCCUGUGGAACGUACUAAAAGUAGUGUUCCUAAUGUUAUUUUGAGAAAGCCAACUUCACAUUAUGAGGAUGACGGUGAAGAUAUGUCGUCGAGGUUGAGAAUAAAACCGAAUUUAUCGGUGAAGAUGAGAAAUGAGCAACCAAAGGAGAUGUUUAGUGAUAUGACAUUGUUGAGAAAGCCCCAAGCUGUGAGUGUUGAUAAAAGUAGUGAAAAUAAAAAAGAGCAAUCUAGUGAUGUAGACAGGAAUGUCAUUGGUGAUGCAGAAUUGGAGAAGUGGAGAGAAGAAGAAAAUGAUGAAGUUAGUGGUUUUACUCUAUUAGAAAAGCCCAUAGCAAUCGGCGUUGAAACAAAGAGUGAAAAUGAUAAUGAGCAACUUGAGAAUCAAGAAUCCAGUGCCACUGAUGAUGUUCAGGAUAAUAAUAGAUUGCAGGAUUUGUCUGGAUCUAGUGCAACUAGCAAAGGAACAAGAAACAGUCUUGAAGAAUCCAAGGAUGACUCCCUUAUAGGAUUACAGCAAUAUGAGCAGAGCACUAUGGAGUCCAAUGAAGAGGUAUCUGCUGUGAGUGAACUGUCUGAUACAAACUUACCUGUUUCUAAUGUUGAGUUGUCUAUAGACACUGCACUACAAGGAAAACCAAAAAGAUUUGACCUACCUCUGAAAGAAGCAUCUGUUAAAGAAGCAGAAAGUAAUCUUGUUGAGUCUGGGAAUCUCCUUUCUACAUCACCCAUUGAGGGACAUGAAGAUGCUGAUUGGGUUAUGGCUGAAAAUCUGGUUAAGACAGGAGAUAGGGGAGAUAUAGAACUGAUAAGUGCUAGCACCAGAGGUUUUGUUGUAUCUUUUCGCUCUUUAAUAGGAUUUCUGCCAUACCGUAAUCUUGCUUCCAAGUGGAAGUUCUUAGCUUUUGAGUCAUGGUUGAGACGGAAGGGCUUAGACCCAUCAUUGUACAGGCGAAAUUUGGGGAUUAUUGGAAGUUAUGAUAUUGUGGACAAGAAUGCUCUUCUUAAUCCAAGCCUGGAUCCUAAUAUAGUUAUAAAAAACGACGGAGAAGUUUCACCAGAUAUGAAAUUGGAAGAACUACUUAUGAUUUAUGACCAGGAGAAAAUCAAAUUCUUGUCAUCAUUUGUUGGCCAGAAAAUAAAAGUAAAUGUGGUGUUGGCCAACAGAAAGUCUGGGAAGCUUGUAUUUUCAGUGAGGCCGAAAGAGAAGGAAGAGUCGGUUGAGAGAAAAAGAAGUCUCAUGGCCAAACUUCAAGUUGGGGAUGUCGUGAAAUGCUGCAUCAAGAAAAUUACUUAUUUUGGUAUUUUUGUUGAGGUUGAAGGAGUGCCUGCAUUAAUCCAUCAGACAGAAAUAUCUUGGGAUGCCACUGUGGAUCUUUCUUCAUACUUCAAAGUUGGUCAGAUUUUGGAGGCAAAAGUUUACCAACUGGAUUUUUCACUUGAACGCAUCUUUUUAUCAUUAAAGGAGAUUAUGCCAGAUCCAUUGAUGGAGGCCUUGGAGUCUGUGGUUGGUGAUCGUGAUAGCGUGGAUGGGCGAUUGGAAGCAGCACAAGCAGAUACUGAGUGGGUUGAUGUAGAAUUUCUUAUAAAAGAGCUGCAACAAACUGAAGGAAUCCAGUCUGUAAUAAAAGGUCGUUUUUUCUUGAGCCCGGGCUUAGCUCCAACAUUUCAGGUUUAUAUGGCAUCCAUGUUUGAGAAUCAGUACAAGUUACUUGCUCGAUCUGAAAAUAAAGUACAGGAGGUUAUAGUUCAAGCAUCACUGGACAAGGAAGAGAUGAAGUCUGUGAUUCUAACAUGUACCAGCAGAGUGGGCUAGUUAUGUUCUUUUUUGUUAUCUGGGUUGUAAACUUGGAGAAGGCAGUUUCGUUCAUGAUGAGCAUCUUUAGAAAUUUUGUAGAGAGGUAGAAAAGGAUCGAAAUUGUUUGUUCAUUUUGUAGAGGCAAGGGUCUGUAAAUCCUCCAAGCUAUAAUGAAAAAUCACAUGAAUAUAAGUAGGAUUUAUUUAAUUUAGCA